UCGGAGAACUUCGCCAGGGGUUACACAGAAAGUUGCACUGCCCAGUUCGUUCUGGCUUGGGGACAAACUGGCAGCUCCUCCCCUCCCAGUUGGGGCACUCUGGUCACCGCUUGGCCGCACCGUUCUGUCCUCGCCUGUGACCGGACUCACAAAUCAGCUGGAGAAAAGAGUCAAGCGGAGCAACGCGAGGAGCUGAAUGUACUUUGAGAGGAGCGCAGGGAGUGCAUGAAUGCAGCUCUSUCUGAGUUCCCAGAGCUCUAACACACAGGAGAAGCAGUUCUGCUCUGUGCGGAUCCUCUGCCCACGCUGAAAAUGCCAGAGGCCGGUGCAAGCGUCCUCCUGCUCCGUGCUUGCCUGGCACUGCUAGCCUCUCCCAUCUACCUGCUCUCCUUCCUGGGCAUGUGGGAGCCUUUCUGCAAGAAGGUCUUUUUUCCGUUCAUCUUAGACAAGAUYAGCAUAGUUCACGACAAGAAAUCAAAGAAGCAUAAGCAGGAGCUGUUCCGUAAUCUGCCYGACUUCAGGGGCCCCUCCGGGGAGCUGAAGGUGCUGGAGAUCGGCACCGGCAGCGGCGCCAACUUCCAGUUCUACCCMCCGGGCUGCAGAGUCACCUGCACCGACAUCAACCCCAACUUCCAGGAGGGCCUCACCAGGAACAUGAAGAAGAACCAGCACCUGCACUACGAGCGGUUCCUGGUGGCUGCGGCUGAGGAUCUGCACCAGGUGCCCAGCGGCUCCGUGGACGCUGUGGUUUGCACCCUGGUGCUCUGCUCCGUGCACAGCGUCAGCAGCGCCCUGAGGGAAGUGCUGCGGGUGCUGCGGCCGGGAGGAGCUUUCUAUUUCUUGGAGCACGUGGCUGCUGAGCAUUCCAGCUGGAAGUAUUUUUGGCAGCAGGUCUGUUACCCGACUUGGAAGCUCGUCUUUGCUGGAUGCUGCCUCACGAGAGAGCUGUGGAAGAAUCUGGAAGAGGCCAAGUUCUCAGAGCUGAAGAUACAACACAUAAGCGUGGCGCUGCCUGGAACACCCAUCGAGCCUCACAUUGUGGGGUACGGGGUGAAGUAAUCCCUGUCCUGCCCCCCGUUCCCCAAAAUUCCUCAUCGUGACCAACACACCCAGCACGGCACAGGCUCCYUCAUGCGUGCCCGGACUUGUAUCAGAAACCAAAUUAAGUGUCAGGGGAGAAAAGCCCUUUUGGAUCAKAGUCCAGCAGUUAACCCAGCACCAGCACCACAUUCACCACUAAACCAUGUCSCCAAGUGCCA